AUGGAAAUGGGAGUGGGGAGAGAUGGAAUGUCGGUUAUGUGUGAUAUUUUCAACAUGCCGCCUCCUUGCCAUCCUAAUGUUUGGAAACAUCAUGUGACUGCACUGUAUGAAGCCCACAAGAAAGCUGUUUCUGGGCAGUUGCAGGAAGCAACAGACAAAGUCUUUUCACGCCACAGUGACAAUGAGUCCGGUGUUGGAGAGAUUGCUGUGAGCUACGAUGGCACAUGGUCGAAACGAGUGUACACAGCAAACUUUGGUAUUGGCUUUGUUAUUUCAGCUGACACUGGCGAGGUACUUGACUAUGACUUUGAAUCAAAGAUAUGUAGAGAAUGUCAAAUAGCAAAGAAGGAUCUGGGUGAAGAUUCUCCUGAGUUUGAUAUUUGGUUUGGUGGUCACCAGGAACAAUGUACCCAAACUCACACUUGUUCAAGUGGAUCAAUGGAGUGCUCUAUCGCCAAGAAGAUAUGGGGCCGGUUAAAGGAGAACAAUCUGCACUAUAAGUUUAUGAUUAGUGACGGUGAUAUUAAAGCCUUUGCUAGUAUCUGGGAUACAUAUAGCCUGCGUAGCAGGCGUUUAGUGCGGGCAGGAGAAGAAAGGGCGUCGUUAAAUAAACGCCUGCCCAAAUGCCUAUGAUUAAUUUGUUCUUCUCCGAAGAAUCUUCGGAAAAGCUUCCCAUUGGUUAAUCUCGUUAACGGAAGUAAUUACAUAACUCAAAUAUCAACAAUAAUUUUGCUCACGUUGACACGUUUAUAGUCGCGUAUCAAAAAUAUGCCGCCAGUUAAUGCUUUCGAGGAAACUUACUUUUAUUUCAUGUAUUUAGGUUUCGAAAUUCAGUUGAACCAGAACAGAGAAAGUAUAUUAUUAAUUUGCUACGUGGAGAAGACGCCGGUUAUCGCUAUUCUUCCUAAGGAAUACGGAAAAGUUUGAUCUUUCAAUUAUACAUUUUAAAUAUAUCCUGAAUAUUUCUUUAAUAUAGUUGUCUUGUUAUUUGUUCACUUUAAAGUAUAAUUCAAGACCAGAUAGUUGAGGCUAUAUCACUUGGCAUUGCAGCUAUGGAGUUGAAUGAUGAUUUUAAGAAUAACAUUUCAAAACAUGCUCAACUGUUAUAUUUGCUAUACGGCAGAAUACGUUAAACAAUCGUGGUUCAGGAGUCUUUUAAAAGAUAAAAGCGGAACUGAGGAAGAAAGUAACCAAGCCGAAGGAUGGGAAAUCGGUGAAGGGGAGCAAACAUCGACUGACAGACAAAGUGAUAGAUAAGCUCCAUACAUACUAUGCCAAUGUAAUCAGAGCAAAUGUCAAACCUGGGAAGCUAACUGCACAACAUCAAAAGGAGCAAAUAUCCAUCAUGCAACAGGCUAAAAUGGCAGUUCUAUACCAUUCAUGUGAACUUAUUGAUGACAAAGAGAGACACAAAUUUUGUCCAUCGGGACCAGAUAGUUGGUGCUCUCAUAAAAGAGAAGGAAAAUUUCAGAGAAAGGACCAUCAUUUAGACGCAGUUUUCUUGGAGUUUCUGGUCCCUGAAUUCAAGCGUGUGAGUCAUUAUUCUCUUUUGCUUCGUUGCCUUCCCGGUUAUUCGCAGAAUGUCAACGAGAGCUUGAACAGUCUUGUGUGGAAUCAUGCCCUUAAACACCGAUUUAAAGGGCCUCGGUUUAUUGAAAUUGCUGCUAUGUCAGCUGUGCUGGCCUUCAAUUGUGGUGCUGCAUCACGACAGGAUGUCAUGAAGGCUGCAAACAUCCCUGGUGGUGAGUUCACCCUGGAAGGCUGCAAGAAGAUGAAAUGCGACAAGGAUGAGGCACUCUGUAAAGAAGGCAAAGUUGAAGAAAAAGGAAAGAAGGAGGAAAAUCAGAGAAGCCAAGCUUGCAGCAAACCAAUAGAAAGGUGAAUCCUCAUAUGCCAGUGGGAAUUUCAACGAUGUUGACCCUCUUGAUUAUGCUACAUCAUCAUCUAAUGAUGAUGACUAUCCACUAGACUUUUGGCGGACAAUGAUUCCGAGGACAGUGAUUCCGAGGAGAGCGAUGAUGCCCCAUUGGCACAUUUCAUCAGCAAAAGACAAUGA